AUGAAUAGUAGUGGCAGUAGCAGCAACAAUUCCUACACAUUGAAAUCCUACUUAUCACAAGUUGAACUGAGCAUUCAAAACAAAAAUGCCAGGAAAUUGCAAAAACUACUCAUGAUCAACCAUGCAAAAGCCAGAGCACGAGCAGAGUUUCCCGAACCACUGGUAUUUGACUUGUACAACCUCAACAAGUUUGGUCCUGUAAUAACACACCAUCUACAAGUUUUGAAAAGCGCGUACAUCACUCAUUCAAGUGCCCUGUGUUUUGAAAAUAUGAAUUUACAAUGCAGCAACCUCGUCAAAGCCAGUGAGCAGAUUGAAGGGAAUUGGAUCAUGCCGGUUAUUCUCUCGUGUUUUGGCGAUUUGAUUGCGUUGUAUAAAGUUGCUACUGAUAGAGCGCCGGAGGACUUGGAUAUGAUUAUAGCCGAUUCUGAAUUUGAUGAUUGGGGUGGAGGAGGAAAUUCAAAUACUACUGCAUCUAAAAAGAAGGUACUGAAAUUGGAGGAGUUGAUCAAUACGUUGAAAAUGGGGUUUAAUUUGAGUAAUAAUGACAAGACACUCGAUGUUAAGUUGAGUAAACGGAACGAUGUUUACUUCUUUUUGGCCAACUUGAUCAAAUAUUACUUCAAGAUGGGUAAAAUUGCCCUUGCGAAAAGUGCAAUAAAUUCAGUGAAAGCCGGGAACAAGACAUUACCCAACAUGACGGCGAAUGCAUCUACAUCUGCCAAUGCUAUUACGUAUUUGUAUUACCAAGCAUUGGUUUCAUUAGAUGAUGGUCAAUAUGUGGAGAGUGAAGAUGCUCUCAAUAGGGCCAUGGAUUUAAUUGCCAACCAUACGGACAAGUCGAGUAAGCAAUUGCAAAGCUUACUCAAGAUAUUGAUACCGUUGAAACUCUACAACAAGGGCAAGAUACCUCAUGAGUCAGUAUGGCAAAGAUUCCCCGAUUUGAAGUUGAUGUAUCGAGAUAAUUUCUUGGAUGCAAUCUUGCGUGGUGAUUUGUACAAGUAUGAGCGGUGUAUGGAGAAAUUCCAACUAGUGUUGUUGAAAAACCAUUUGUACAUUUUGAUGGAGUUGCUACGACAAUUUGUUCAAUUGAAAGUAGUGCACAAGACAUACAAGAUUACUCUGGAGUUGCAAACUGGUGAAAAGUCAACACCAUUCAGUGCGUUUAAAGUAGCAUUGGAGUUGUCGUUGUGUCCUAGUCAAAAAGAAGAAGAAGGAGGAGGAAAAGAGAAAGGAGACCAGGAAAAUGGUGGCACGGGUAAUGGUAUUGGCAAUGCGGACAACAAGGAUGAAGAAGAUAAUGUAAUGUCCUACCUGCGCCACAUCUCCGAUUACGAGGUUGAAAGUAUUGUGUGCAAUUUGAUUACACAAGGAUAUAUUAGGGGAUAUGUCAGUAAUACAAAUAGGGUUGUUGUCUUUUCCAAAUCACUUCCCUUCCCAAAGAUUGCUGAUGUUAAAAUUGAAUGA